AUGACUUUUGUCUUAUUCCCUGCAAUGAUGCCCAGCCCUAGGAAGUCCAAGACUAGUAAGAGAAAGGCUCAAGAUCCUGACACUGGCCUUCCAACUGGACGAUCCAAGAAAACUCCAUGGGGUGCUUUGGAUGAACUUGGUGGCACUCAACAUUCUGAAUGUUUGAAUGCAGGGAUGGGCAGACAAAACUCACAGCUAGAAAAACUUGAUGCAGUCCUUGAACGACCAUCGCAUAAACAGUCCUCAAAAGGCUCAACAACCUUUGUUGCUGAUGUUUCAAAGAACCCACAAGCUCCUGAUUCUCGCAAAGGUAAAGGCCACAAGUCUAGAAAGGUCACUGCUCCCCCACCAUAUGCUCCAGCAGAUGUGAAUCUUGUUGAUGCAUCUCAAGCAUCCAACACACAACAGGAUGUGCCCCAAAUGACAAUUGUACCACCUGGUACUGAGCCUAACUUGCAGGCCCUGAAUAACCCCUACAUGGCUGCCAUGAUUGGUACUGCAGCUGCAUGCCCCCCCACUAACAGCUCAGUGCCAUCGCUUAUCCCACACACACCCUUAGAGCUGAACUCGCAGGUCCUGAAUAACCCCUACAUGGCUGCCAUGAUUGGUACUGCAGCUGCAUGCCCCCCUACUAACAGCUCAGUGCCGUCACUUAUCCCGAGUGCACCCUUAGAGCCAAGGCUCCCAGAGGGUCCUACAGGCCCAGCACUACAGCCUCAGAACCAACCUCCUCCAAUAAGUGACAGAUCAGAUCUUGACAGAAGUGAUGAGAAUGAUGAGAGUUUAACAGAUGAAGAUACCAAAGAAGGGGUCAAAGAUGCUGGUGAAGAUGAUAUUGUCAGAUGGGGAGUGGUUACGCUCUUCACAUUUUAUGAUUUUUGCAGGAACAACCACCUCAGCCACUUCAAAAUCCAUUACUCACACAACAAAGAUGAAAAUGGUGCAGUGGCUAGUCUCGCCUUGGUGCAGUUGCAGCCACAUGUUCAGAACUCAUGUAAAGAUGAUGCAGCUGCUAAUCUCGUGUUAACACAACUGAAGGUAGAUGAUGUACUCAAGAAACACCAGAAAAAGAAUGGCUGGCAUCAUCUCCCCAACCCUGAGGCUCUUGAAGUACUACACUGGCAAACUGAAACUGAUGUUCAACAAGAAGCUCCAACAUCACAAUCCAAAGCAAAACUCACUCAACUUGGGUGGUAUGGAACUGGCUGGAAAGGCUUCCUGGAGGAUGCAAAGGCAGAAUGUCAUGCAGUCCAUGCAUUGGAAAACCCAUUUCCAUCUCUGACCCAUGACUUAACAUGUUCAAUAAUGGAAGUCCUCUUAUCAGUCAAGCUUGCAUGGGAGCAAGCUGGGAAGCAGGUAGAAACUGCCAUGAUAUAUCCCUGGUGUUGGCUUACCACAGGCAUCCACAGAUGA